GCCGACUUCAUCCGGAGGCGGAUCAACCCCCUUCAGCAAAGGAGUCGGCCCGCCUAUGAAGAAGAAGCCCCUGAAGCCGGGUAUCUGACUGAAGAUGAAGUCAGGGCCCAGAUGACGGCGCUCUUCCAGAACUUCGGCGACUGGCCGGAGGGAUGCCAACUGGAGGGGUACUCGGCCUCCAAUCCACGUACUUCGGCUGACGCCGUCCCUCGUCCUCCAUCAACAACUGAAGUGGCGCCCAGGGUGACUCGGGCACGGUCCCUCCGCCCGAGGACUGCGGCGUCCGAGUCUUCAGCCCCCAACCCCGCUGCCGAAGGGGGUCAAGGGGCCAGCCGGCGGGCUCCAUCACCGACUGACCAGUCGGCAACCCAGGUGCAGGCUGAUCCCGAAGAUCAGCUGACCCUGGCCGCCCGCCGGGCCAUCGCCGAGGGGAAAAGGCCAGCCCCCGACUCCUCGCGGGCUGACGUCUGCCUCCAGUCGCCGACUGGUUCCGGGGAGCCAGUCAGGCGCAAGAAGCGUCGUUACGCCAUCGGCAACCAGCCCCCCGUCACAGUUGACGCCGCGGUCCUUGCGGGAGCGGUGCCGGCUUCCAACAAGCUGACUCAGGCGGCCGCGGAGCAGGUGGCUUCGGGCGCUCCUGCCGGGUCCACGCCCCACGCCGAGUCAUGAAGCGGCGGCGACUCCCGC